AAAUUUUUACCUCGCCAAACACUUAUCAGGCUUUAAAAUUUGGAGUCGAUACGCUAUAAACUGUGUUUUUGAUUACCGGUGGCGGUGACACAUACACUUCCAGAAGAACAAAAGUGAACAAAAGUUUCCUUCGCUAUAGAAAGUCGUACGAUUUUUUUAUACAUCAGAUAUACGUAAUAUAGCUAAUAAUUUCAAAAUAAAAUGCCGUCCCUAUUAUUAUUUCUAUAAAAAAAAUCAUAGUGCAAAGCACCAACAUUGGGGUUAUGUUUUGACUUUUCAUGUGAGUUUUUGAAUCUCAUGUCCGUGUAAAUUGUUCCAAUAAUUUAAUUAAUAAGAACAAAACGAAACCCGCACCAACCCAACUUUGAGGUUAUGUACCAUGUCUUCGAACGAAAUCCUGACUUUACAAUUCGGCCACUACUCCAACUUUAUCGGCACGCAUUGGUGGAACAUCCAAGAGUCUAGUUUCCAGUACGACCCCGACAACCCCUCGGAAAUCAACCACGACAUUUUAUACCGAGAAGGCCUUACUUUAAAAGGAGACGUCACUUUCACACCUCGCCUGCUCCUAGUUGAUUUAAAAGGUAGUCUUAAAGCGUUGCCAGAGGAUGGAGAAUUGUAUGAGGCAGCUCAGGAAGACACAGACACUUCCCCUUUUGAAAUAGUAGCCGAACAAAAGCAGGAGAAAAUUGACUUCCAGAAAGAUCUUGACCAGGGGCUCCAAACUAAGAAAAUUUAUGAUUUGGACAACGACGCUCACGUAUGGUCGGACUUUUUAUAUACGCGGUUCCACCCCAGAAGCGUAAAUGUGGUUAAAGACUACCAACACUCGGAUGAACACACACCUUUUGAUAUUUUUCCUUUAGGGACAAAUCUGUGGAAGAAAGACCAGUUUAGCGAGGAUUUUGUUGACAAAAUACGCAACUACAUUGAAGAAUGUAACAAUUUUCAAGGGUUUCACGUUCUGUUAGACGCGAUGGAUGGUUUUUCCGGGCUGUCCACUUCCUGUUUAGAGUAUAUCAGAGAUGAGUAUGACACAAAGUCAGUUUUUAGUUUCCCGGUGAAUGUAGACUUGUCAUCAAAAAACCCGCUUAACCUUCUGUCUUUAGCGUUGUGUGUUGAUGGUUUAAAUGAACACAGUUCGCUUUUUACCCCUCUUUCAACAAAAAGUCGCCGUUUUGACUUGUUGUCGUUUAAACCUGAUCUACCUUACCACUCUAGUGCUAUUUUAGCCGCUACCUUAGACACCGUCACUCUAAACUACCGCUUGAAAAAUUCGAGACACUCUUUGAUUGACUUGUGUACUGACAUGUCCCCAAAUGGCAGAAAAGCCGUAGCUACCAGUGUUCGUUUACCGUUUCCGUUAAAAAAAGGCGAGGAUUUUAUUGAUUGUUUAGACAACUGGGACGGUCCUUUAUGUCAGAGUGUCACUCCUAAUUGUGAAAUCAGCUCUGAUGACAGUUUACAGUUGGUAGCACUGCGAGGAAUCCCCGAGAGUAGACUAAAGCGGCCUCCCCACGUCGAAACUAAACAGAGGGACAUGCCUGCGUAUCGCUGUGACACUUUGAAAGAAAUGUUGAGUUAUUUUCUGGUUUGUACAAGUUAUGGAUCGAGGAGUGAAGUGACGGUUAGUAAGGAACAAAUGCCAGUGAGGACUCCAUUUCCUAGGUUUUUUGAUGGUAGGGUUGGCAAAACUGGCGACGUAGAUUUAGGGGGCGAAAAUAGUGCAGUGGAUAGUGUGAAUGUGUUGGCAGGCCUGCACAGUGGGAAGUUUGUGGGAAAUAUGUUUGAUGUGUUGGUAAAGGAUUUGGAAAAGAUUAAGUAUAAGAGGUUUCAUCAGUUUGUGAGUGAGGGGGUGGAAAAUGACCAGUUUAGGGAGUGUUUUGAUAGGAUUUUAGAUCUGAGGGAUUGUUAUGAAGACAAUUAUUUAGUUUAAUAAUUUAAUUUAUGGAUACAGUGGACAGCAGAUCUGAAUGUAUAACAGAAAUAAAUUUUAUUGACUCA